AUGGGAAGGCACGUCAGGUCUCCAUCGCACCUUCCUUCCUUACGCCGAAGCGACUUGCUGCCUAACUCAAGUUUUACCUCACUCCUCCCAUCAGCCUCGAGAUCGAUCUCUCAAACACAUCCACAUCACGACCACUUCCACCACGCGCACACCAUCACCAUGUCCCUCCACUUCCGCGCCAUCCUCUACACCACCGACCCACAACCCCAACACCUCCCAUCCCUAAUCUCAGAACUGCAACACGAACUCCUCAAACCCGAGCUCGUGACCGCCCCAGAACAAAAAGAUCUCCGCCGCCGCACCUGCGAAACGCUCGCGACAUCCCUCCACAUUCCACCAUUCGACAGGAUCCAACUCCUCCUCAUGGCUGCGAACUGUCACCCUCCAACGUCCCUACGGGCGAGGAGGGUACGUGUGGAAUUUGCGAGGUUUUGGGUGGAGGUGUUGAAGGAGGACCACUACCACCGCGGCCUCGAAGUGAGCGAUGAGGUGAAGUGGUUGGAGUAUGAUGUGGAGUUGGCUAGGGAGAGGUUGAAUGAGAUGACAGUGGAGGUUAUGGUGGAGGAGUGGAAGCAGGGGAGAUUUGAAGGGCUUCAUGUGGAUCGAGACUUGUCGGAGUCGCAUGGGGGUGAUGGAGGCGAUGACUUCUCGGAGAAGAUGUUUGAGCAUCCGAUCUUUUCGCUGGAGUGGGCAAUGUGGCAGGACCGCGAGAUGCAGCGGAUGUGUGAGAGUGCCUAG